GGUCAUGAGGGGGACGCUGGUCAUCAUAUUUCAGGCUCUGCUGUGGCCUGUCUCAGCAUCAGCCCUGUUUACAGUCGGUUUACAGGAGAGCAGUUAUGAAGCAGAGCUACAUGAGGACGUCAGACUAGUGUGUUUGUUCUCCACGGUUAAAAGUCUUUCCGACCUCACUGUCAUAUGGAGCCGAGUCGAGCCGAAGCCGGCCGUGGAUGUGUAUCGGCUGGAGAGAGGCAGAGAGAAUCACAUUUACACCAGUGCCGCGUUCAUAAAGCGCGCACAGCUCAUCCACGAACAGCUGAAUGAAAACCGAGCGGUGCUGCACUUGAAAAAGCUCCAGAUUAAAGAUUCAGGCACAUACCGGUGUAUCGUGAAAGAGGGAGAUGAUGGAGACUACAAGCAAGUCACGCUCAGUGUUACAGCUCUUUAUACUCCCAUGAAGAAGGCCAUCAUGGAGACGGGUCAGGAUGAGGUCGAGCUGUCCUGUGAGUCUCAGGGAUUCCCGUCCGCUCGGGUUAUCUGGCGCGAUGGUCAAAACACAAACCUCACAGAGAUGUCCAACAGCACCACACGAUCUACAGACGAAGAUCUCAUCCACGUCAUCAGCAAGCUGACGGUCAAACGAGACCUCGUGAACAACUACACCUGCUCUUUCCUCGUGAAGGGUGAAAUCCAGCAGACGGCCACCUUCAGCAUCCCAGAUGAAUUCCCUCCUCACUGUUCUACUCCGUACGUGUGGAUUGUCGCCGUGGUCGUCGUGCUUUUAGCCAUUGUCUUCAUCUCCGUCAUCCUGCGUAUGAGAAAAAACGGUCAGAAAAACCGACGAAGUGAAUCUAAAUGUGCUUUCCUCUUCCCACAUGCAUCCUCUGCCAUCACUGAUUCUUUAUUGACGGUGAACGAGAACAAGCCGCAAACAUGUGACUUGAACUCAGAAGAAGCUACAGAAAAACCUCUAUCCCUGAGGAACGUGCUUAUACGACAGUAUUCACAGCUCUGCACAAACACUGAGAUGAAAAGCAGAUUUGUUUCAUAUGCACUUCUCAGCAAAGAAGGCCAAUCUCUAAACAUCAGCUCCAUUCUGCCUGAUAAGAAAGAAACCAUCCUUCUGUUUGGAGAACCAGGCAGCGGGAAAACCAGCGUGGCCCAAAUCCUGUCGUCCUGCUGGGCUGAGAGGACCACGACAGACCCCUUCAACAUCCGCCGGCUCCAUCUGGUUUUCCAGGUGGACUGUAGCCGAGCGAAAGGAGACUUUUUCCAGGUGGUAAAGUCCAGCAUUUCUCAUGAAAAACCACUAGACGUGUCUGAGUUCAGAGAGACGCUUCUGGGCCCGACGGACUGUUUGCUCAUCCUGGAUGGAUAUCAAGAGGGAAACAAGGACCUAGAUGAAACACUCGAAUGGUUUCUAACAGAGCGGCAGACAUGCAGGGUGUUAGUGACAUCACAUCCAGGAAAAUGUCCAGCCCUGGAGAAAAACACCAGGACAGUAUUCCAACUUAUUCAGAAACCGGAAGAGUCUGGAUCAUGAAAUCGGAUAAAUUUCAUAUUUGCACAGACUAUGCAAUUUCAUGUUACAGCAAUGUUCAGCAGUUCCAGAAGAUGGAUCUGCCUUUUGUUUCUUGGGAAUUUUUUAUGUUCUGACUUUUGGUAAACCGGACUCAUCUGACAGGAGAUCGAACCAUUUCACAAUACUUGAAUUCAGUAUUUUUCAAGGACCAAGUACAGAAAAAGAGAAAUGAAAUCACAGUUCUUAAACCUUAUUUCUGCAAAAAGUG